UAAAGAUCAUUGUUUUUAUGUUCAGCUUGUUGAUGUCACUUGACAUAAUCGAGUUACAUCUUUGACGUGUUUCUUUUACAUCGUUUGAACCCUCAGUGGUUUCGCUAAUCGUUUUUUGAACAAAAUGAAUUAAGAGGAAUAUUAUAUUGUCCGAUCACCAUACUUUGUAAAAUGCAACCCGAAGUAGACUUCAUGCAUCGUGUUUUGAAAGGAUGUUUAGUACAACCGCAUUAUGGCCUCAAUGUUUUGAGCCUCAAACAGUUGAGUCUCCAAGCCACUGCUUUUUGGGCAGUGUGCACCCUACACAGACUACAUGAUGCACCUGAAAAGAUUCAACGUGCCAGCUCUGAUGAGAUCAUGAAAGCAGCCAGGGAUUGUAUCACAAACAAGAUACCAAGCAAUCUUGUAGAUGAUUUUGUGGUCCAAAUGCUAAAUACCAUAGAUGUGGUCUAUGAGCAAAGUAGAGUUGGUAGACAGUUAUUAGUUUACGUAGGAUCAUUUAUUCCCAGAAAUCUGAGAAUACUUGUAAUGCCUCUAUGCCUUGAACAGGUAACAAUUGCAGCCAUUUUGACUCUGCCGCUCUGUACAAAUCUCACUGAGUUGUACAUGGAAAGAGCUGACCAGUCUGUCAUUACACAAGGAAUUCUCUGCCAUAUCCUUAAGUACCUAAGGAGGUUGAAAGUUUUGGCUCUGCCGAAGCAAUGUAAUGAUUCUGUUAUAGCAGUUGUUGGCCAAAACUGUCCCCAUCUGGAGAGCAUUGUUUUGAAUGACACAGGUGUCACAAAUACAGGAAUUGCUUGGUUACUGUGCUGUCGACGUCUACACACGGUCAUUAUGUUAAAAACGGAAGUCAGUCCACCUGGAGCUGCUCUACUGCUUCACGGUCUACCUUCCUUAAGUGUUUUGCUCUAUGACAGUAUAGCGGAUACUUUGUGGUAUUGUUCCGUCAACGCAGCCGUCUCCCCCAAAUUUGCUCUCAAAACAGUCGCAUUUGGAGCAACGGAUCUACUAACUCCUGGCCAUUUGGAACUGUUGUCACAAAUGUGUCCCGGCGUCGAAUGGCUCUCGCUCAACAGUGCGUUUACUUACAGCGUUCAAACGCUAGGUUUCUUGCCAAAAUUGACCCUUUUAAGCGUUAAUUUCCGUGGUGGAUCGUUAGACAUUCAUUUCGAAGACUUUUUACGUCGGAACGGUAUGACCAUCAGGUGCUUGCAACUGGUCGAAGCUCAAGACAUGGACUGGACUCGAUUCGAAAAGCUGCUCAUCUUUUGCCCUGCCCUGGAAUCGCUCGUAUUUUACGAGUGCAGUUUCGAACGCAUUGAAGUAUUCGAACACGUUUGUGAACUUCGCAAGAUAUACGGGAAGAGCCAAUUGAAGAACCUCCAAAUUUUCCGCACUCCAAUGAUGACACAACAGUUGGAGCACUUGGUGUCGAUCUUGCCACAUCUUAAUCGGUUGGAACUAGGCCAUCUAGAUUGGGACGUUGAGCAGAUCCGUUCUUUUUUAAUGCGCUACAAGCAUCUAGAAACAUUUCGCGUUCUGACGUGGAGAUUCAGUGGAUUGGGAGCAGCCGUAGCGUCUUCGAUUCUAUGGGGAAGUUCCCGAAAUAUCCGUUGUCUCAAUCACACGUUACAACUUGAGUUUCCUUCGCGAGUGAUCCAGCUAGAUGGACAUUUUACGAACACGGCCCCUUUUCAACGUGGCAUUCCUCAGUUCUUGCUGGCCGAGUAUGGCGAGCUGUCUCCUCUGUUAGAUAUCACACGUAUCGGCCGGAACUAAUCGGACGCACGUUCUGUUAUUUCCUAGUCAUUCCAAAAUUAUUUUGAAUUAUUUGCUGAUUAGUAAUUUAUUUUUGAGCUCUUCUGGUUCGAUAUUCUGCUCUUUGAUGAUUUGCGUUGU